AUGAAACUAAACAUAAACAAACUUUCAAGUACGAGGUCUGACCGUGUCAAGGGAAUUGACUUCCAUCCUACGGAACCUUGGGUUCUAAAUACAUUGUAUAGUGGUAAAGUUGAAAUUUGGUCAUAUGAGACCAAAUCCUUGGUGAAAUCAAUUGACAUCACCAAUGUUCCUGUGAGAGCAGGUAAGUUUAUUGCACGUAAGAAUUGGAUUGUUGUUGGUUCGGAUGACUUUCAAAUCAGAGUCUACAAUUACAACACUGGUGAAAAAAUCACACAAUUUGAAGCACAUCCUGAUUACAUUAGAUCUAUUGCCGUCCAUCCAACUAGACCCUAUGUUUUAACAUCUUCCGAUGAUGCCACCAUCAAAUUAUGGAACUGGGAAAACAAUUGGAAGUUGGAUCAGAUUUUUGAAGGACAUCAACAUUAUGUCAUGUCUGUUGCCUUCAAUCCAAAGGACGCAAACACUUUUGCUUCUGCUUGUUUGGAUAAAACAGUUAAAGUAUGGUCACUUGGCUCCAAAACUCCCAAUUUCACUUUAAACGCACCAGAAUCAAAAGGGUUCAAUUAUGUUGAUUAUUAUCCACAUGGUGAUAAACCGUAUUUAGUGACAUCUUCAGAUGAUAAAACAAUCAAAGUUUGGGAUUAUCAAACCAAAUCUUGUGUUGCAUCUUUGGAAGGCCAUGUCUCUAACGUGUCAUUUGCUGUAUUUCAUUCUGAAUUACCUUUGAUCAUCUCUGGUUCUGAGGAUUCAACCAUCAAAAUCUGGAACGCAAAUACCUACAAAUUAGAAAAAACCUUAAAUUAUAGGCUAGAGAGAGCCUGGUGUGUUUCUACUAGGAAAGGAUCCUCCUUAGUUGCAGUUGGGUUUGAUGCAGGAAAUGUUAUUUUUCAAUUAGGUGACGACAAGCCACUACUGUCUAUGGAUCAAUCCGGAAAAAUUAUAUGGUGUAAACAUAAUGAAGUUUAUCAUUCCGUGAUUAAGGCUUCAGAUGCACAGGUUGAGGAUGGUGAGGUUUUAAAUUUGUCACAAAAGGAAUUCGGUUCUGUUGAAGUUUUCCCUAACUCAUUAGUUCAUUCUCCCAAUGGUAGAUUUGUGUCUGUUACAGGUGACGACGAAUACAUUAUCUACACAUCACUAGCAUGGAGAAACAAAAUGUAUGGUCAAGCCCUCGAUUUUGUCUGGGCGCAUGAUCCAAAUUAUUAUGCGAUUAGAGAAUCCAAGUCUAGCAUCAAGAUUUUUAAGAAUUUCAAGGAGAAGCCAAAUGGACAAAUCAGCUUGAUCUAUGAGGCUGAUAAGAUUUUUGGCGGAGCUCUAUUAGGUGUUAAAUCGGAUGAUUCUUUAUCUUUCUAUGAUUGGGAGACAGGAUCUAUUGUUAGAACUGUUUCCGUUGAAGCAGAUAAUAUUUUUUGGUCGGAUGACGGUGAUUUAGUAUUGAUUUAUUCGAAUUCCUCUGCUUAUGUGUUGAACUUUAAUAAAGAUAUCUAUCAGGAACAUUAUGAGAAUGGCGAUGUUGAUCCAGAGGAGGGAGUUGCUGAAUCCUUUGAGGUUGCAUAUGAAAUUGAAGAUGAAAUUGUAACUGGUAAAUGGGUGGGUAAUGUAUUCAUCUAUACUUCUGGAUCUAAUAGGUUAAACUACCUCGUUGGUGGAUCAACAUAUAAUUUAGCACAUUUUGACAAGACGAUGUUCUUGUUAGGUUACCUGUCAAGAGAUAAUAAGGUUUACGUUUGUGAUAAAGAUAUGAAUGUUGUUUCAUAUUAUCUAUCUUUGGCAGUUCUAGAGUAUCAGACAGUUGUCAUGAGAGGGGAUUUAGAGUAUGCUGACUCUAUAAUAUCCAAUAUUGAUGAUAGGGAUAUAAAUAAGAUUGCGAGAUUCUUAGAAGAACAAGGAUACACUGAGAAAGCGUUGGAGCUAUCAACAGAUUCUGACCAAAAGUUCGAGUUAGCAAUUGAAACUUUAAACUUGCCACUAGCUUUAGAGAUUGCCGAAAAGGAAGACUCCCUUCACAAGUGGAAGAAACUAGGAGAUUGUGCGUUGACUAACUGGAAAUUUGAUUUAGCUAUGCAAUCUUUUGAGAGAAGUAAAGACUACCAAACAUUACUAUUAUUAUAUUCAUCAUUUAAUGAUGUUGAGGGAUUGAAGAGAUUAGCCGGCCAAUGUAUAGAAUCAGGGAAGUUUAACUCUGCAUUUGCUGCAUCAUGGGCAGCAAAAGAUCUCAACACAUGUAUUGAGAUUUUGAAGAAGACAGAUAGAUUCACAGAAGCUUCAUUGUUAAGCCUCACAUACAAAGGUGAUACCAAGCAGGUUGACGAGUUGGUUAAACUUUGGAAACAAGAUCUAGAGAAAUCGGGCAAGAGCAACAUUUCUUCCAGAAUUCUGGUGCCAGGAGAGAAUAGAGAUUCCUUCCCCAAUUUACAAGAAGUUUCUCAAACAUUAAUUAAUCUCGAAGAAUCGGCACCUGAGGCCGGCGAGGAACAUGUUGAAUCUGCUGAAGGAGCUGUGGAACUGGAGGAAGAAACCAAAGGAGAGGCUAGAGAAGACACCUCUGAAUCGGUUCCACAAGAGGAAGAAGUGGUUCCAGAAACAGAAGACGUAGCUCCACAAUAG